AUGAACAGUAAUAACUUAAUGGUGGACUCCACUUCAACGAUGGCAACUUCUAAUGCGGAAACAGAUGAAGUUUUAUUUAUUUUAAAGCCCGAAUUUAUCAUCUCGAUGAUUGUGGUCGUGUUGGUGUUUUUUGCCUGUGUUGGAUUGGUUCUUUAUAGAAUAAUAACUAGGAGAAGAAGAGAGGCUUCAUAUUAUGAAUCGGGUAUUAAUUCGGAAUCGGUUUUACAAGUUUUUGGAAUUUCUUCAACUAGAAAAGUGAAAUCAUCAAAUAUUAAUAAUGAAGCAGAUGAUGAGGAGACAAUUCCCUUGUCCAAUUCUUAUUAUCAUCACAAAUCUUCAACAGAUGAUUCGAGUGGAAAUAUUUUGAAGGAAGGUUUUUCAAAUCUCAUUCAAAAGUAUAAGAAUAAUAAUUUGAAUAGACAAAUUACCGAUUAUGUGAGCUUAUAUCAAAAGAAAGUGCUGGGUCAUAUUGAUUUAAUGUAUCAAGUUAGAACCGUCUUACGUCCAACAGAUUAUGAACUCAUUGAGAAGAAGGAAUCUCUGAAAGAUUUUGUUACAAGUUACUUUCAAUUAUUGCUUACCUUAAAUGCUUCAUCUUACAAAACCUUAGCUUAUUGUCAAACUAUUAAGAAUAGAGGAUCAAAGAAUAUACAUUUUGAUGAUAAUUCAAGCUCAAACAGUGCUAACAGUUCUACUAAUUUUGUGACAUUACCACAAUCAAAUUCAUCACAAUCAAAUACAGCAGUGGGAGUCAACUUUGGACUGAUGGUUUAUACAAAUUGUUCCAGUCAAUCAGUAGUAAUGAUUAAUGACGCCACAAUGAGAAGGUCUUUUAUUCAAUUGAUGUCAAAUAUUGGAAAUUUAUCUCCAUACAUUAUGCCAGUUUCUCAUAUCGAUUUUUCAUUGGGACAAGGAAGGUGCUACUCUCUUUUCAAUCUUUCGCAUAAUACAGUUGGAACCCUAUCUCAACUUAUUGAAACAUUAAGGAGAGAAAAUACUAUGGAUCCUGACAUUAUUAGUCAAUUUAGUGGACAAAUACUUUGUGCUUUAAAGUCUCUUUCACAAAUUGGAUUUGAAUACACUCACAUCUCAUCCAAGAAUAUUCUAAUUGAAAAAUCAAACAAUGAAAAUGGAGUUCACUACCACUGCAAACUAACUUCAUUGGAAGAUCAAUUUUUACUCUUUGCUAGAAAUUCAUUUAACAAUAAUGCAAGAACUAUUUUGGAAUCUUUUGGAUAUUUGCUUUUUGAAAUGUGUACCGGUGUUUGUGUUAGGCAACCAACAGAAAUUUACAUUGAAACAAUCAUUUAUCCUUCAUUCAAAAAGAUCAUUAAGGAUAUUUUCCCAACCAGUGUAGGAAAUAUCGAAAAUAUUUCAACAACUGGAAAGAUAGAUGAACCAACCAUAGUCUCAAUAGAUUCUCUCAUUAAGCAUGAUGCUAUUUACUGUGAUCCUGCAGCCCUCUCCAGUUUGCAAAAUCAAGUUCAAAUGGGAACUGGAUUGAAAACGUUGAUUGAAAAACUGCAGCAUCACUCCAAGUUGGCUUCCAAAAAGAUGUUGUAA